GCUCUCCCCGAGCCGAGCCCCGCCCCGCGCCGAGGGUCUCACCUGCUGCCCCGGCCCGCGGCGCGACCCCCGCCCCGCCCGGCACCGCCACCACGGCCGCCUCCCGCAGCCUUCCGGCACCGUUCGUGGCGCAGGCGCUCGGGAUCCUUCCCGGAGCCGCCCCGUCCCUUCCUGCUCCCGCCGGAAGCGGCCGCGGCGCCCGGCAUGGCGGUGGCGGUCGGCGGUGGCCGCGGGGCGGGCGGCAGCGCAGCGUAGCGCCGGGCUCGCCACCAUGCCCAAGUACUACGAGGAUAAGGAGGAGGACGGGCGCGCCUGCAGCGGCGUGAGGGAGGAUCUGCGGCAGUGCCUGCUGGAGAGCCCCUGCGUCCUGCAGGAAAACAAAAGCCCUAAACAAUGCUUGAGGGAAGGACACUGUAGGAGUUUGCAAGUGACAUUCUUUGCAUGCAAAAGAUCAAUGUUGGAUACCAGGGCAAGAUUCAGAGGAAGGAAGGGAUACUGAAGUCCUCGUCAAGAGAUCUUGCCAUGGAAAUUUGGGGCUCAUCAGCACUCUACACAAAACAGAGACUAAAAUAAGAAGAUGGUACCUGCUGCAUCCUUUCAUGCAGUGUUUUCAUGGAAGGUAUCUACUCCUGAGUAUUCCAACAGAUUGACCUGGAUGUGUAUUUAAAUGUUAGAAAGAAGGCAAGCAUAAAGCUGCAAGUUCUGGCCAAAAUGGGUACCUGUCAUGUACUUGCAAUAAAAAUGUGAAAUCCA